AUGUCAACAGGAAAUAGUGAUGGCCACCCCCUAGUGGGAUGGGGAGAGGCGCCUGAUGACGUCAUGAACAUUAUUUGGGAUCUCUUUGCCUCAAGAGAUGGCAAAAAAACUGCACAAGAGUUUGUGAAAUUUGCAAGGUUGGUGAACAAGCACUGGUGUGCAUGGGCAAACAGAGUGGUUCGCUGUGUGACGAUACCUAUGAGGUGCCACUUGGUGAACAUUGGGACAGUGUGUUUCAAAACGGAUCGGCGUCCAUCAGGGGUCAAUGGCGUUGAAGCAAAAUGGUUGGCGUCAGGGACCAAUGCUGCAAGGCGUAGCAGAGAGCGCUUUUUUAAAACAUUGAAGUGUUUUGAGAUGUUGGAAGUUGUGGCCGUAAAAUUCCCCAACGUUGAGCAGCUGACAAUGGCCCAUAAUAUGACAUCCAAGGCCCGUUGUGUUCCCCAUCUGAGGAGACUUGGCAGUUUGAGGCGCAUUGUGCUCAAGGGGGGAAACAUGGAACAUGCAGAUUUUGAUUGGCUGCAGUCGUUGGAGCAUCUAAGGUGCCUGAGCCUUCAACCCAACUUCAUGCAAUACUUGUCAUCUUGUGGCUAUGAGCAAAUUGGGAUGGUCACCAGGCUGGAAGUGCUGGAGUUGGACAGACCAUUCGACACCACAGAAACGUACAGCUACAGCGGCAGCAUGGACUGGUUGAAACAUCUGUCGGCUCUGACAAGCUUGCAUUUGGGUCUGAGCGAUUUCCGAUGCCCUGCUGGCACUGUCCUUGAGCACAUUCAGCACUUGACGUCUCUUAGGCGUCUCAGCCUCCGUUGUUUCAAGGUCACGAGUGAGGAUAUUCUCGACUUGUGUUGCCUGAAGUCACUGACGUCUUUGACUUUCACAUGCUGCAGUAUGGUGUCACCUGGGGCCUUGACUAAUCUGAAUGCCUUGCCAGCACUGAGAUCUCUUACUGCUGCUCUGUGUGAUGGAGUUGACAGCAAAAUCAUGGAGAAACUAACCUCAAUAGGUUCGCUGUCUGUGAGGCAAACAUUUGGAACUGAACGGGAUCAUGUGUUUUUCACAUGA